GCGCACGGAGAGGUGGUGGCGGGCACCAUGGAGGAAAGGCCACAGUUUGUCGGCGGAGGGGUGUGCGCAGCUGUCUACCCCGACGCCUCCGCCGGAUUCCCCCCGCACCUCCAGGCGGGAGCGAUGCGGCGCCGCUUCUGGGGCGUGUUCAACUGCCUGUGCGCCGGCGCAUUUGGAGCCUUGGCUGCCGCCUCCGCCAAGCUGGCCUUCGGCAGCGAGGUGAACGUGGGCUUCUGCGUCUUAGGCAUUAUUGUGAUGGCUACCACCAAUUCUCUGAUGUGGACGUUCUUUAGCCGGGGCCUCAGUUUCUCCAUGUCUUCAGCCGUUGCAUCUGUCACAGUGACUUUUUCAAAUAUCCUCAGCUCGCCUUCUGACCCUCGGCCACAGGGAGAUGCUUCCCAGGGAACCAGGCCUGUGACCGAGAAGCCUUGUGGGUGGACAGCUCCGGCUUCUGUCAGGGGAAGUACACCGCAGCAGUGUUCUGCCCGAAGCCUUCUCGGUCCGUCUGCUCGGUGCUGCUGAUUCUCACGCUCCACAACCCACCCGGUGAGCCACGGCAGGUGGGGGAGACCCUGGGGUUGGUGGGCUUCCUGUAUGGACUUGAAACCAUGCUGUAACUGCAGUCCUGUUGCCUAACAAAGGCCAGGCGUGGAAUUUUGGCAUCAGUGACUGGUGGGGCUUUCGACAACUUCACACUGAUAUGUCAGGCCGUCAGCGUCAUGCUUCUGGAUUAUGGCAAGAGAAGGAAAAUUAGA